ACGGCUUCAAGAGAGCGGUUGGUCAGUGGUACCUGGUGUGGAUGCCGUUCGACUUGGCAGAUAUCUUACUCCACCAGAAAAGCUACCAUGGCUGGAAACAUACCGAUGUCUUACGAAUCGCUCACAUCAAACCGAUUUCAAUAGAGCAACAAUUGCUGUUUACGUACGCAACGAGAGGGCUCAAGGAGGCGACGACUCGGUUUGGAGAAAGCCCAAAUGAGCAAGUGCAGGAGCUCCUGGAGUACAUCACAACGGUGGAGUCUUUCAGGAAGAUAAAGGAGCCAGAGAAGGCAGCUAGAGCACUUGCUGUGGAACUGCACAACCUGGAGCGGGUCCCAACAAAUCUCUUGAAAUAUCAGGAGAUAUGGAACGAAUUAAUAACGCACAUGGACGUGAAGACUCUUCUGGAUAAUCUGCAACGCUUGUCUAUCCUUGGGUUCCUCAAGAACAACACAGUCACCGUUCUGAAAGUGGUAGAUGUCUUCAACAACCUGUGGAAGGCUGAGACUUUCAAGGGUCACCCGUCCAGAGUCUAUAUCGAACUCCUAACUUACGAAAAGGCUGCCAAGUACUGUUUGGAGAUUGCUAACAAAAUGAACCACCCAGUCAGUAAUUUAGUUCCACCCAAAAAACCUCCAAAAUGCAACCUUGUCAUCAAGAGUGCACUUAUUACGUUCUUCUACAGUUUAUUCAAGUUUCAGAAGCCAACAGGCCUGCGGUACCUGGUGGCAGUGGACGUGCGGCCCAAGAUGUUUCAGUAUUCCAGAUUCCAGAAGUUAACUAGAUAAUAAUUGGUAACUCAACAUCUGCGGGUGUUGUGUAGUUUACGAAGCCAACAGGCCUGCGGUACCUGGUGGCAGUGGACGUGCGGCCCAAGAUGUUCUGUAUUCUAGAGCCCUGUAGU